CUGGAUAUAAUGAGGACUGGCCGUGGAUCAGACACGGCAGCAACUCCGGCGUCACUGUUCCCCGAAACCCUCACAGCAAAACUCAUUGCUCAAGCGCCGUCAGCUCCUGCAGGAUAUACUAUCCCGGCUCGGACCAAAAGCCAACAUACAUGCUUCGGUGGUCUGCAAGACAUGGAAGAAUUCCAGCCUCUUCCUUGGCUUUUCUAUCCAUCAGAAGAAGAAGAUGGAGAUUACAUUCUUUUUGACCCAUCAAGGUCUCAAAUAUAUAAGAAAAAUGUUCCAGAUUUAAAGGGCCAUAAAGCACUCUCUGUUUCUAGGGAUGGUUGGUUGCUUGUGGUAACAGAUCAUAAACCCUUCAAUUGGCUAUUCUUUCUUAACCUGUUUACACGUGAGCGUAUCUACUUACCCAAUAGGGCACGGUUUCUAAAUUGCUUAGCUUUCUCAGCCGCUCCAACAUCAACUAGCUGUUUGGUGGUCUCCUUCUCUCAAAACAGAAACAGAUUUUUGAUCUCUACUUGGACGCCUGGUGAAACCGAAUGGACCAUUCAUCACUACUCGAGGACACCGUCCAGUGGAAGAUGGAGCAAGUGCAUCUUCUCGAACGGUUUGGUCUAUGCUCUCAGUAACUGCGGCUUCCUCGGGGUUUUUGACCCGUGUAACGCAACGUGGGUUGUUCUUCCAGUGAAACCAUGGGGCUGUGCUGUCUUUUGUGAUAUAGUCGCUACCGGUAAGCAAGUGUUGAUGAUGGAACAUGAUGGAAACAUCUUUGUUAUGUCGGCUGAAAGAGGCAAAAAAACAACAACCGGUCGGUGUUUAAACUAA